GACAGCUUCCGGUUUCCGGUUUGGCUCAAUUCACGUGGAUCCAGCAAGAUGAGACCCCUGACCGAGGAGGAGACCAAAACCAUGUUCGAAAAACUCUCCAAAUACAUUGGAGAGAACAUCAAACUGCUGGUGGACCGGCCGGAUGGAACCUACUGCUUCCGAUUACACAAUGAUCGAGUCUACUAUGUCAGUGAGAAAAUCUUGAAGUUGGCAACCAAUAUAGCUCGGGACAAGCUGAUAGCCCUAGGAACAUGCUUUGGAAAAUUCACCAAGACACAAAAGUUUCGUCUUCACAUCACAGCCCUGGAUUACCUGGCACCAUAUGCCAAGUACAAAGUUUGGGUAAAGCCGGGAGCUGAGCAGUCCUUCCUGUAUGGUAAUCAUGUGCUGAAAUCAGGGCUGGGGAGGAUCACAGAGAAUACGUCGCAGUACCAAGGAGUGAUCGUGUACUCUAUGGCUGAUGUCCCCCUGGGAUUUGGUGUGGCUGCAAAGUCAACGCAGGAAUGCAGGAAACUCGACCCAAUGGCAAUUGUGCUUUUCCACCAAGCUGAUAUCGGGGAGUACAUCAGACACGAGGAAUCACUGACGUAAACAAUGAACUUUCAUCGGACUGUCAUUGUUUGUCAGACAUCCUUCUCUGGGACAUUGCAAUACAUGCUCCAAGGAAGACUUGGUUCCUGGUGACUACAAUAGCGGAUCCUGCCCAGCAGCCCCUCCAAGACACACUUUCUUUGACCCUAUUUUACAGACUCUGGUACAUCUAACUAAACUGUGGGGUGUGAGAGAAAUCGUAUAUUUAAGGCCACACUGGCCUAAAACGUUUAACUCUUUGUUUAGUAAAUAAUCCAGUGUGUCUGAUUUUCUGGAGAAUGUUAAACAGUUUGUGUUUUUCUGCAAUAAAAAAAAUCU